AAAAUAAAAAAAUUAUUAAAACAACUUACCGUGUAUUUAGCACAACAUGAGCAUUCAAAAAAUUUACCCAAAAAUAUUUUUCACACUCUUCCGCGAUUACAGGGUUUCGUUUCAUCGCGGCGUGUUUGGUGGACCGGUGAUUAGGGUUUUGCAUUGUUCGGAUCUGAAUUUGGCGGUGGCUUCGGUGUUUGAUUGCGAAGAUGUUUUGGCGUAUGACAGGAUUGUCUACUGCGUCUCCGGUGGAGACAAUUUUGGAUAAGGAGAAUUUCACAUUGGAGGAGCUUCUUGAUGAGGAUGAUAUAAUUCAAGAAUGCAAAGCUUUGAAUGGCCGACUUAUAAAUUUUUUGCGAGAAAGGCCUCAGGUUGAACAACUGAUUCGAUAUGUUGUGGUUGAGGCUGCUGAGGAUGCUGAAAAGAGGCGAACUUUUAAGUUUCCCUUUAUAGCUUGUGAGAUUUUUACUUGUGAAGUUGAUAUCAUUCUUAAGACAUUGGUAGAGGAUGAGGAGUUGAUGAAUUUGUUGUUUUCCUUUCUGGAACCGGAAAACCCGCAUAGCACAUUACUGGCUGGGUACUUCAGCAAGGUUGUGAUUUGUCUGUUGUUGAGGAAGACAAUUCAUUUUAUGCAUUAUGUUAAAGCACAUCAAGAAAUUAUUUCUCGGCUAGUUGACCUGAUUGGUAUUACAUCUAUCAUGGAGGUUUUAAUACGCCUUAUUGGUGCCGAUGAGCACAUGCAUGCAAACUAUAGCGAGUCAAUGCAGUGGAUAGAGGAUACAAAUGUGUUAGAGAUGAUUGUGGACAAGUUCAGCUCUUCGGAUUGUCCAGAGGUGCAUGCAAAUGCGGCUGAAACACUGUGUUCUAUAACACGAUUUGCUCCCCCGGGUUUUGCAGCUAAGAUUACUAGUCCAAUUUUCAUAGGGAGGUUAUUUCGUCAUGCUUUGGAAGACUCUCGGCCAAAAUCUGUUCUGGUUAACUCAUUGUCUAUCUGUAUAUCUUUGUUAGACCCUAAGAGGCUAACAUCAGGGACAUACUAUAUGUUCAACCGUCAGAUAACUCAUGGAUCCACAGUAACUGCAAAUCCGGAUACAGUUGAAGGAAUGCUGGGUAUCCUAGGUGAUUUACUGAAGCUUUUGGAUGUGUCGUCUGAGGAGAGUGUCUUGCUAACCACAUAUGGCAAGUUGCAGCCACCUCUUGGAAAUCAUCGCUUGAAAAUUGUAGAGUUCUUUUCAGUAUUGCUGACAGUUGGCAGCGAAGCAGCUGAGAAGGAAUUAAUUCGACUAGGUGCAGUGAAAAGAAUAUGGGACUUGUUCUUUGAGUACCCAUACAAUAAUUUUUUGCAUCAUCACGUAGAGACCAUAAUCUUAUCUUGUUUGGAGAGCAAAAAAACACCUCUUAUCGAACACCUCCUUCAUGAGUGCAAUCUCAGUGGGAAAAUUCUUGCAGCAGAGAAGAAUUUCAUUUUAGAAGCUGAUUCAAACAAGCCAACUAUUCCAGCUGAGGGUAGAUUGCCGCCCAGGAUAGGGAAUAUUGGGCACUUAACACGUAUAUCUAACAAACUUGUACAGCUGGGAAAUAGCAGCAAAGAAAUUCAAGCAUAUUUGCAGGAGAACAGUGAAUGGAGUGAUUGGCAAAUAAAUGUCCUAUCAAAACGAAAUGCGGUGGAGAAUGUAUAUCAGUGGGCUUGUGGGAGGCCGACAGCUCUACAUGACCCGAAUAGAGAUAGUGAUGAUGAUGAUUACCAAAAUAGAGAUUAUGAUGUUGCAGCCUUGGCAAAUAACUUGAGCCAGGCAUUUCGAUAUGGCAUUUACAACAAUGAUGAUAUAGAUGAGGCACACGGCUCUCUUGGACGGGAUGAUGAGGAUGUCUAUUUUGAUGAUGAAUCUGCUGAAGUUGUUAUUUCUUCUCUGCGCCUGGGAGACGACCAAGAAAGUGGUUCUCUUUUUACGAAUUCCAAUUGGUUUGCUUUUGAGGAUGAUAGAGUUACCAAUGACCGCUACACUGAAUUACUCUCUUCUCCUUCUCCUAAUAAUGAAGAGGCUGCUGUUACGAAUGGUGGAGGAGAUGAUGAGGUGGUUAUUGGGGAAGAAGACUUAGAUGACAGUGCAACGUCUGAUGCUGUACCAGAAACAAAAUCAGAAGAUACAGUUGUUGACAAUCUGCCAAAAGAUUCUGAGGAAACAGGAGGCAGUGCAAGUGAAAAGCCUCCUGUGUGGGUUGAAUGGAGGGAGACUCCGGAUCCCAGUAACCUACCCAAUGCAAGUGAAGCUAAUGGUGAGGUGCAAUUAGACUUGAUGGAUAAGGUUGUUGAUCGCGGCCCAGAUGCUUCUGAAUCUUCUGACAAAAUAGCAAAUGCAAUGCCUGCCGGAGAUUCCCUACAGUCAGAAGAUGAAAAUAAAACUCCAAGUUAUAAUCCUGCAGACAAUGGCGAUCCAAGUACAGAACCAAUUACGUCUAAGGGGGUGGAGACAGCUGUAGGAGCGGUGAAAGAAAUAGAAAACUGAUGUAUAUUGUUCAACAGAAUGAGUUAAAUUGAUGAAUAUUUGAGAAAUUGGGCACUGUACUUUUAGAAGGUUCUUCUGUACAUUGUCAAAGUAGGGCAUGAUGAUGUUGAUGAUGAUGAUGAUUCUUUUUUUUCCCCCAGGCAUUGAAGAGAGUGCAGUGGAGUUCGUUCAACUAGAGAAGAGAAGGGGAAGGGGAAGGGGAAGGGGACAUUUUACAAGUAAUGCAGGAUUUAAUCAGUCAAAUUAACUUUAGCAUUUAGUUAGGGGGGGAUGACUCAGAAAUGGAAUUUGACGUACACGGAGUUUUGGUGCAAUAAUCUGUUCAUAUUUGUAUUUAUAAAUGUGAUAUAUAAUAAUAAGAAUUGAUAUGCAUGCCUUUUAUCA